UUGUUAAGGUGUGUGCGACACUCCACCCCGUUAUAACAAGGCACUGAAUAUAUAAAGCUGUAGAAAGUGGAUCUGUGCUUUACUCCUUAGAGUUAGGGGGGAAACUUGAGUUCUUGUUGUUGGAAAUUAUCCAGUCAUUAUGGUUUCAUUGCUGGGUGUAACCUUGCUGGCUUUGACUCUGUCUGCCCCCGCUAUGGCCUUUUUUCCCAUUGGAGGAGGGGUAUCCACUCAUGUCAGCAUUACUGGGACUGCCCUGCUACAGAAGAUUACAGAGACGUGCAAGGCGGUGGCUGAGGCCGCUGGUCAUGAGUUCAAACCUACGGGUUCUUCUCCAGGGGAGUUGGUCCAAGCCUGUCUGGGUCCCACGGCACCUGGAGAUGUUUCUGGUGCUAAAUUCCAAUCGGCUCUGCAAGAGAUCUACACCCAGAAUGGUCUUGUCGACCGAGACUUUGUAAACAGUGCUCCACAUCACUUCAACUCUGAGGCUUUCUUAGAGGGACGUGGACUAAUUACUGAGGGCAUGGUUGCCAUUAAGGCUAACAUUGGCAAGGAGAAUUUCAAGGCUGCCAGGGAAACAUUGGGGAGAGUCCUGCAUACGUUACAGGUGAGACAGGAAAAUAAAACUAAAAAAAAAAAACACAAAAGGGACAAUAUAGCUGUUAGAUCAGGCGAUCAUGACUUUUUAAGAAUGAUGGGAAUCGCUCGCUCAUCAGUAGUGUGCUUUGUUAUUGACACCACUGGCAGUAUGUCAGAUGACAUUGAAGAAGCUAGGUCAGUUGUUUAUGACCUCAUUGACAGCAAAAAGGGAACACAGGAUGAACCAUCUGAAUACAUACUCGUGCCCUUUAAUGACCCAGAUUUUGGACCAAUGAUAAGGACAACUGAUCCUAAUAAAAUGAAAACAGAAAUCUCAAAGCUCAGAGCACAAGGUGGUGGAGAUACCCCAGAGAUGUGUCUGUCUGGACUGCAGCUGGCCCUCACAGGAGCUCCUUCCUCAUCUAACAUCUAUGUUUUCACUGAUGCAAUAGCCAAAGACAUUGCUCUCAAAGACACAAUUGUUGCUCUCAUGAGAAGCACCAAAUCUGUGGUUUCAUUCUUUAUGACUGCGACAGGAAGCAGGAAGCGACGUUCUUUAGCAGCUGCUUCCUUUGAAGACUAUAAGGACUUGGCUUUGGCAUCUGGAGGCCAGGCAAUCAGGGUGUCUAAGUCAGAACUCCCUCAGGCUACAGAUAUUGUUCUUGACACUUCAACUUCUGCCCUGGUAACAGUUCUUCAAAGAGCUAGGAUUGCUGGGGGGCAAGAAACGUUCCCCUAUUUGCUGGAUCAAUCCCUGAAAAACAUAACUAUCUAUAUCACAGGAACAUCCCUAACUUUUACACUGACUAAUCCUGCUGGGGCUACCCAGAGUAACAGUGAAACUAGUGGUAAACUGGGAACCAUCCAGACUGUGGGAAACCUGUGGAGAAUCCGUCUAAAUGCUGACACACAGUCAGGAACCUGGAAGAUUGAAAUCAAAUCCAGUCAGCCAUACACACUCAAAGUCACAGGCCAGAGCACAAUUACCUUUGUCUAUGACUUUGUGGAAAAGUUCACUGGACCUCACUCAGGCUACGCAGUACUCAGUGGGCGACCGCAAGAAGGCCAACCUGCCACUCUGAUGCUAUCAGUAAUAGGAAGAAAAGGUCCCUCAUCAAUCACUGUUGAAGAGGCUGGCUUAAUAACAUUGUCCAGUUCAGAGGCAGUAACCAAUGGUGCAAUGACGGACAUGGGCAAUGGAGACUUCCUGGUCACAGUUGAUGCUGUUCCUGAGGGGGAGUUUGUGCUCUUUCUGAAAGGAACAGACAAAUUGUCCAACACUAAAUUUCAGAGACAGUCAACCACCCAGAUGUCUGUCUCCAAAGUCAUAAUCCAGGCUGCAGUGGACAGCAGUGCUGAGCCAGGAGAAGCCUUUAAACUUCCCUUCAGUAUAAUGAGCAUGGGUGCUGGGGGUAAAUACACCAUCAACGCCCGGAAUGACAGAGACUUUCCAAUGACCUACCCAAACAGCCUCAGCUUGUCCACUGGCCAGUAUGUUAACUCUACACUGACUAUUACACCAUCUUCCGCCACAGAGUCAGGCACUGAUGUCACUCUGACUAUUGAAGCCAAGUCUGAGAGUGGUGUUGACUCCAAUUAUGCUGUUCUGAGGUUGUCUGUUAUUACUAAGAUCACAGAUUUUAUUCCACCAAAGUGUGAGAUGAGUGUGUUGGCAGAUAAUUGCCCGAAAGAUGUCUUGCAGUGUGGACCUUUCCGAUGGGAGCUCUCAGCCAAUCUCACUGAUGGAAACGGCUCUGGGAUAAAGAGUGUUUCCUUGAAUCAAGGGAAUGGGACCUUUACCCAUACUACUCUUGAUGCUUCCGUUGUCAAUGCGUACUACAACGCCUCAUGCUGUUCACAGAUCGUAGAGAUUGUUGCUGUGGAUGAGGUUGGCAAUGUGGGCACAUGCUACCACUCAAUUAUUCGUUCAGCUGGUUUUCCUGCAACAACUCUAUCAAUGCCUGUGUGGCUUUGCUUUUUGGUAUCUGUUUUUGUAGUAAGGUUUUGAAGAAGUUUGCAGAUUCUCAAAAUGGUAUCUGAUUUGGGAAUAUAUGGACAUAAACACGUGGCAGUUUAUGUGCCAUGCUUUUUAAUUUGAUUAAAAACUGCUGUAUUAACUUAAA